GGGAGGUCCUGUCACUAAGAAAAAAAAAAAAAAAAAAAAAACGUGGCUGCCUCCUGAACUAGAGCUGCGGCCGGGACGCGGCGACGCCAGCGAGCGGAGGAAUUCGCCUCCACGGUGACCGCUAGGUCGACGGAAUCUCCGACAAGAUGGCGGCGCUGGGCUGCCCCAGCAACAUGGCGGCGGUCGUGAACGCGUUGGAACAGAUGGAGGAGUAUGUGCAGGUGGUGGUCGGGGCGGACGGGGACCCCAGCCAGGUGGUGAUGGUGCAGAGGGCGGACGGCGGCCUCCUCAGGCCGGUGCAGGAGCUGAGCCCGGAACUUCUCAGGAGCCUCUCCCAGAGCGACGCCGUCUUCUACGUCCAGUCUGACGGGAGCCUGGUGCCCGGGGGGAGCCUGGAGGACGUGCAGGCUGGGGUGAGGCUGGUGACCGGGGGAGGCCAUGAACUGGAGGCUGCCCACCCUGAGGUCAAGCUGGUCACUAGAGGCCAAAUGGAAGAGGCUGUAGCUGGGGGCCAUGUUGUGGAGGCCGCUUACCCUGAGGUGAGGCUGGAGAAUGGAGGCCAGAUAGAAGAGGCUAUGACUGGGGGCCAUGUUGUGGAGGCCUCUUACCCUGAGGGGAGGCUGGAGAAUGGAGGCCACAUGGAAGAGGCUAUAACUGGGGGACAUGUUGUGGAGGCCGCUUACCCUGAGAUGAGGCUGGAGACUGGAGGCCAGAUAGAAGAGGCUAUAACUGGGGGACAUGUUGUGGAGGCUGCUUACCCUGAGAUGAGGCUGGAGACUGGAGGCCAGAUAGAAGCGGCUAUAACUGGGGGCCAUGUUGUGGAGGCCAUGCAGUCUGAGAUGAGGCUGGACUUUGGAGGACAGUUGGCAGAAGCCGCCCACCACCCUGUCAGUUUGGUCACCCAGGAUAUUGAAAGUGGAGCCCAUGUAAUGGAGACCAUCCAGUCAGCGGUCAACUUGGUAACCAGAGGCCAGGAGGUGGAGGCCGCCCACCCGGAGAUGAUUCUGAUACCUGGCGGCCAAAUAGAAGAGAGCGGGGUGAACCUGGUCACUGGAGGCCAGGUGGUGGAGGCUGAACAGUCUGAGAUGGAGGAGCCCAUGAGCCUGGUGAAUGGAGGCCAGGUGAUGGAGGAGGUCUUCAGUCCUGACAUGGCAGUAGAGACCGGAGGAGGUCUGGAGGACGCCCACCCUGAUAUGCUAAUGGCAUUGAACCUCACCAAGGACGGAGGCCGGGUCCAGGAGAGACUUGAGGUCAGCCUUGUGUCCGCCGGGGCUCCAGAGAUGGCGGCACAGGGCACUGCGCAAAGCCAGUCAUUGCCGGCAGUGGUGAGCGCCGUCCGGUCAGGACUCCCCACGUUUCCUGCUCCUGUCUCCAUGCUGAAGGAUGCGGCCCAGCAGCUGAAGACGGUGGCCCACCACGUGGCCCUAAGAGAGGGGGACUCCGUCACCAGGAUCCUCAACCAGAAGCACCUGAAAUCCAUCCACGUUCAAGUGCCUGGCGUCCAGGCCACGAAGAGCGCCGAUCCGGUGGUACUUAAUCUGAGCGCGGUCCAUACGAAAACUGCCAGUCCCGGUCUGCUCGGCGCGCAGGUCGUACAGAUCAAGUCUCUGAGCGAAUCUGGGCGGUCGCUGGUGGUGAACGCUUCCUCCCUGGAGUCUCCCGUCCAAAUCCUCGUCCGGCAGACUCAGCCGUCGGCAGCGAAGCCCAGGAACCCGGACCCCAAUAAGAACGGCAGGGAGUCGAAGGAGCACCGAUCCUGCGUCGCUCACCCCCAGAACGGCGCUCGCGCCUCGUACGCCACCGAGCAGACACAGAAAAAGGGCCAUAAACGGAAAAAGUCCAUAAAGAUCAAGACCCGCUCCGGGCGCAUCUCUCGCCCUCCCAAACACAAAGCAAAAGACUACAAGUUCCUGAAAGUGGGCGACUUGAUUCAAGACAGCACGUCCGAUUCAGAAGACUACUCGGAGCUGAGCACGGACGAGGACGAAAAAGGCGCCAAGGUGAACGCCGCCUGCGACACGUACACCGUGAAAAAUGCGCUCUUCCAGUGUCAGACGUGUGAGAAGUCCUACAUGGGUAAAGGGGGGCUCUCCCGCCACUACCGGCUGUACCCCAGUCACGGACAGAUGGAGCCUUUGCAGUCUGGUGUCGGAGGGCAUUCGGUACCCAGUGAACCAAAGAAACCCAACCCUAGAUCCAGGAAGAGGCUGUUAGAAGACCCUCUGAACCCUAUUGAGGCCAGCCUGCCAACCUUGGACAGAGACGGUCUUCAGUUUGUACCAGUAACACAAACGUGUCGGGGACGACGGCAGAUGACGGGCAGAAGAUUCGGACGACACCGGAAAAUACUGGCUAUUGCAUCCUCUGAACAGAACGCGCUGACAGCGAAAGAAUUUAUUCAGCAAUGUGAAGACAAGGAUUUAAAGGAACACGUUGGCCCUUGUUUUUCGGAGCGGCUUUCAGUCUAUGACUUUUUGCUUGUGAAGGUCAAACAAGAACACCCGGACAAGCCUUUGUUUCCGCACCUGUAUAAAGAACUGGAGAAACUGCACUCCAUGGUCCGAAUCUUGGCUGAAGAGUAUUUUAACAAUGGCGCUGCGGGAAAGGGACUUGAAGUAGCCGACAGUACGGUGGCAGCAUCGCUGGGCAUUUCUUCAGAAAAGGUGGUAAAAGUCUCUGCUCCUGGUACGUCUGCUGCAACAGAAGAGCAGAGACGACAGGUAAAAGAAGGGAUUGAGUGUGUAGCGGAAGAGACAAUGCCGCCAUCAAAACGACCAAAACUAGAUGAACCAGAAAGUGUGAGCUCCACCCAAGAUGUCACCACAGGAAACGCCACAGAUAUCAAUGAAGAACAGGAGGCAGAUCUGGUGUCCAUAGUGGAUCAGUUGGCUUGUGGAAAUGACACCUGUUCUGGUGUUACAAAUAAUGGUACCGAAAAAGUAAUUGAAGUCUCGCACCCGAAUGUAAUGGAGGAGGAGGCAGAAAACCUACACACUAUUACCGAUCCAGGAUCUAUUCCAUGUGACAUGGAGCAGAACGUUGAGGAAACCUCUUUACCUUUGGUCGGCUCAAGUUCUCCAGAGUCAAGUGACUUUAUGCAGAUUUCCAGUCAAUGUUCAGAGAAAUCUUUAGGUGACGCAAUUCAGUCAGAAGUAAUCCAGGAGGGCACAGGAGCUGAGGAGGUUCUACCAGGAGACCAUUCAUUUCAGCUUCCAUGUCCACCGUCUUCUGCAGCUGAUCCCGUCCUUUUUCCUGAUGCUUCUUCUUCCACCGCCAUUGCAGAAGAGACAUGCAGUGAAAGCCUCCAAAGUUUGGACACCUUCAUCGCCAGUGACCAGUGCACUCAGGCUUUUGGAUUCCACCAUGGACAUGAGCUGGUGUUUGUUCACGGCACAGAGGAAACCGUGACUGGCGAAGUGGCUGUAAUAUACGAUGGCGCAGGGUCUCCUGCCAACCCGCAGCUGGGCACAGAGGUGGCACUUGUAGAAAUGAAGUAAAUCUAUUCAUCUCACACUGAGAUGAUUGUUACUGUUCUGAUUUCUAUGCGUGGAUGUUUUUUGUUUUUUAAAUAAAUGUAGGAUAAUUCCUAUAUAUAUAUAUAUUCUUCUAAACCAAAA